GUUUUGGAAGGUUUUUACAUGCUUAUUUUUGCUCCUCGAGCUUAUCGCCGCGAAAUCGAAAUUCACAAUGUCACCUGGGUUCUUUGUCAGCCCGUAUGCAGCUGGCCAUGACACUAUGAACCUCACUUGGGUCAAUGCUUCUGGCCCAAUAACGCUAUGGUUAGAAAAUGGCCCGGUUGAGAACCUUGUGCAAGUGGAGAGAAUUGCUGAACUUCCGCCAUCGACAACUUCCUACCUCUACACCCCACCCGUAAGCCUUGCGAAUGGAAACUACACUUUCCAAAUCCAGGACGCAGAUGGUUCAAACUGGUCAAAGUGGUUUACCCUCACUAACGGAAUUGGGGCAACUUCGAGCUCCCUGUCCCAAUCCGCUUCAAAUGCGCCUGUUCCAACAUCCACAUUGAGCCCUAGUGCAUCAAACUCACCCACCUCACAACCAUCCACGUUGAGCCCUAGUGCAUCAAACUCAUCCACCUCACAACCUCUACAAAAGCUUUCAACAGGUGACAAAGUAGCAAUAGGCGAGGGGGCUGUACUAGGGGUUGUCUUAGUCGCAGUUGCUAUCUGGUUCACCUGGGGGCAUAGGAGACCCUCCGCCACGAAUCUCCAAAUUCUCCGUUCAGAGGCGUCAUUCCCCCUUUCUUAUUUACCGAAUGCCGCUAAGUAAAGGGAUUUCUAGCUAGGGGCAGGAGAGGCUAGACGAGAGGGAGAUCUUCAGACGAUUGCGAGUACGGUUACG